CACCUAAAAUUCUUUUUAAAAUGGUAUAAUUUAACCAGAAUAUUGUUUAUUUUGAGGAUUUUGAGCAUCAAAAAGAGGUUAACAAUGAACAAUCAAAUUUCCCGCCAUUUUGUUGGCUCUCAUCUUUCCGGAGAGUUUUUCCGGAAACAGCUGAGUGUCAAAUGCGUUUUUUUCUAGGGAGUCGAAUUGCGGAAAAUCAGUGAAAAAUCUCUUUUAUACCUAUUUUUGUGUACAUUUGUGCGUAGAAAGCUUUUCCUACUUGCCCAUUGAAGACUUUCCGUGUGAAAAUAGUUCUUGUGUGUGAAGAUUAAGGUGAAAAAUAGUCGGUGUCUGAAGGUGGUUUCGGGGGCCAUUGUCUCGAGGGGCCAAAAAUGUCGAAGGAGACUCGAAUCCAGAAGCUGAAGCAAUUCUUCAAGAGUGCCAAGGUGUCGGGAGGGGGUCUUCAGCAGCAAACGGACUUUUUUCUCCUGACGCCCGAAAUUGAGCGGGAACUGCGACCGGAGACGCCGGUGAAUCAGCGAUGCAAGAUUUUGAGGGAACUCGGAGAUGAUCUGAAGAAAUGCAGACUCGAAGAUUGUUCCCUGCAGAAGCUGUGGGAACUGACGAGUGAUCUGAUAGUGGCCAAUCGACCGCCUGAGCAGCGUCAGACGGCUUUUGCAUUCUACAAGAAACUUAUCAGUAGUCAGUUUCUCAAUCUCAAUCUGAUGCGGGCUCAGUUCUUCCGCGUCAUCCAGAAUCACAGUGUCCCUGAGGACAUUGGGCACCGGUUGGAACUUCUGCGAGCCCUCACGGACGAUGGCAAGGACAUUACGCACUUUGAGGCGGAAAUUGGUCGUUUCAUGGUGCAAUGGUGCCAGGCAAUUGUCGAUGCCCAGCUCAUGGAGACCUACCUGGACAUCCUCAUUAACAUGAUCAAGUACAAUGCAGCAUACCUGGACAAUGAGGUGACUGUGGGCAUUGUGAAGCAGUCAUGCUUCCUCAGCUGCUGCCUGGAGGACACUCGCACGGUGCUGCAGUGUCUGACCGUUCUGGAGACCAUUAUGUCCUAUGCCAUCUUUCCCUUCGAGACUCUGAGUCUCUGCAUCGUGGCUCUCUGCAAGACUGUCAAUCGAGAGGCCUUCUGUCAGACCUCAUGGAAGAUCAUGAGGACUCUCCUUGGCACGGAUCUUGGGUAUGCCUCUUUGUGUACAAUGUGCAACUACCUCAAUGACCCUACCGUGUACGAUGACGAGGCACUGCUCCGUGGGGCUGUUUUUCACACAAAUAUGGGCCUCUGGGGUCCCGCAGCGCCCGCCCUUCGCUGUUCCCCGUCCACUGUUCUGCUGAGUUUCUUGCGAGUCCUCCGCUCGCGACACUUCAUUGUCAGCUUCGAGGUGGCCUUGAGUAUUCAGAGGCUCAUCCAGCGAAGUGGACCAGAGCUCACGGAACCCGCUUGGGAUACUCUGUGUCAGAUAAUGGAAGCUCUGGCAGACAAUAUGGCACACUACGAAAAGAAUGGUGUUCAGCGCAACAACAGCGUCAGCAUAAUCUUCCACGAGACGCUGAAUGACGUGGAGGGGAAGCUGAGGAGGCAUGAGAUUAAUGCCAACAGUGACAUGAUCUACAAUCUGAUCGAAAAGGUUGCUGACGAGAGGUCAGAGACUUCGGUGUUCAAUUUGAUUGAAUACAGAGCCAAUAGGAUCUCUGCCGCGAGACCAAAGUGGCUUCAGGCAUUGAGUGUAUUCAUGGAGAGAUUCUAUCGGCAAAAUCGCAAGACUAAUAUCAGAGUGAAGGCCAUUGUGGCACUCAUUCACAUAAUGGACAUCAAUAGGGCGGCCUAUGAAGAAGAGAUUCUCGAAAGAAUUGUCAUUCCCAACUUCAUCAAUAUCCAUCAGGAAUCAGACGUUGUUGUAAGAUCAGCAGCUGCUAAGCUCCUAAUUGACCUAACUUUCCACUGCGACAGUAAAAGAUGCCUUGAAUUGUUGGAUAUUGUUGAGAAACUGAUGAAUCGUCCCUUUGACAUGCAUGAUCCCAUGGUGAGGUUGAAUGAGGCUGACAUUCAGGAUCUUUUGGUACUGGUAGAAGGCCUCAUUAGAACGUUUCUUGUGAAACUGUACCGCCUACCAUCGAUCCAUGCCAUUCGCAUUUUCUACCUCCUGGUGGGCCAUCUGGAGGCCCACUACGAAAAUCCACGUGUUUUUGAGUCAGUCAAUGUGGUGCGUUUGCAGAUUUUCAAGUGGAUGCUCGAUGCUAGAUGCAAUGGGAAUUUUCAGUUGGGAUAUCCGGAUCAGAAUGGUGUCUUGAGAUUCAGUCAUUAUUUGGGCAUUGACGCCAAGCAGCCGCUGCAGAUUUCCUUUCAGCAGCAGCAGCAGCAACAGCAACAAUUUCCGCAGGACGUUACAUCUACAAACAGUCACUUCACGGCCAUCUCAAUUAGGCGGGGUUGCAAGGCCAUAGUGAAAUGCUUGGAGACUGAGAGGGAUUGGGCUGUAGUGCAACUGGUGCUGAAGGAAUUGCCCAAUAUUCUACAGAAUAAAGCUCUGAUUGUGGGCAAUGACUUGGAAUCAUUAGCGAGGAGUCUCAACAAACUGUACGUCAACAAAUCAAUCGUGGAUAAUUACAUUGCGGUCACUGGCAAGCCGUCCCUCUCGGAAUUUCACUUGCUAGUUUUACCGGCUAUUGCGGCUCUCAUCACCUACCAUCAGCACCUGGUUUCCGGAACCCUGAAGAACAUCAUUGAUGUACUCAAGUUGGGGCUGUUCUGUCGUAAUCCGCGCGUCUGUGUCCAUGCUCUAACCAUCAUGACUCUUGAAAUUCCGGACACCUUCAUCAAGUACGCCCCAGAAGUUCUACUAGAGAUGAGUAAGAUUUCCAACACACAACUCGUGGCGAUUCCUGUUUUGGAAUUUCUAUCGACUUUGAGUCGUUUGCCAAAGUCUCGAUUUGUGAACUUUGUUCAGAUUCAGUACAUGUGCUUCUUUGCCAUUGCCCUGCCCUACACCAACCCCUAUCGCUACAAUCACUACACGGUGUCUCUGGCGCACCAUGUGAUUGCGGCGUGGUUCCUCAAGUGUCGCCUGUGUCUGCGUAAUACUUUUGUGCAGUACAUAAUGGCAGGGCUGGAGUCGCACAUACAUAUGACCUUCCAGGAGAUCAAGGCGAAAAUUCAAGACCAAGCCAAGAUGGACUAUACGCCAAUGAAUGAGGAUUCGUCCAACAGGAAGCGCAGCUCAAGUCUCACCGAGCAGGGAUCGCGCAAACAGAGACGUGGCAAUGUGGACUUUAAGCCCUUGGUCGAUGAUGCCCUCUAUCAGUUCCACAUGGAACUAGCUGAAACUUGCAUCGAUUUCAUGGCACGCUACACUUAUUCCUCGUGUUCAGUGAUGCCAAAGAGGAUGCCAUCAGCGGACUUUUUGCUCGCAGGCGGUCAGACGGUCACAUGGUUGAUUGGUCACAAUCUAGUGACCAUCACGACCAGUGGCUGUUUCACGAGUCCAGUGAGAAAUGGCCUCUGUGAUCGUUGCAAUUUGGCGUGCAAGAACUCGUCGAAUUUGCGUUCGGAAGCGACGAGUGUUUCGCAGGAAUUGCGGGACAGUGCCACCGAUCUGCCGCCUAAUAAAAGUGCUCAGGAGUCUGAGAGUUGCGAUUUCAUGUCGUCGACAUCGUCAUCAUCGGCUGCAACGCCAUUUUCGGCGCAGCAGCCGCAGAAGUUUUUCCGUCAGAGUUCCUCUGACGGACGCUACAGCAGUUGCUCGGGAAGUCUCGAGGCUCUGUCGCGUCGUGGCAGUAAUCCGGACACAGAGUCUUCGGACGGUCAAGUUGGAUCGUCUCUCAAUAAACUCGAGAAUCCCAUUUCCAUUUCAUCAUCGGGCAUUUCCAUUCCGCAAAUGACAACACCACAAUCGAGUGUGGAUCGUCCCAGAGUCCCGUGUGCUUGCUCAUGCACGGGCUGGGCAGAAGUGUGCAUCAGAAGGCCCACUGGAUGUACGUCCUGGGUGAUGCGAAUUCAGAAUCAAAUUGGGGAAGAUUCCUACUCGAAUGAAUUGCCACUGCAUAAUCUCACGAGUUUGUUUAUGCCGUCAAUUGGGGGCGGAGUGAUGGGUGGGGACUUUUUGAAUUCCACCCCGUCACCUCAGGUGGUGACGCAGCCAGAGGAAGUGCAUGAGAAGGUGCAGCACCCGAAGAUGGCCGAAUUGGCCAAGCGGAGGGUAGUUGACGAACAGGAGACACUGCAGUCGCAACCGUCGUUGCCGCAUGAUGAUAAGGUGCCGCAGAGUGGAGCUUCCCUAACGGCCACAACGACGGGUCCCAUUGAUAUUCCCAAGCAACUUCAGAAGGUCAAUGAGUCUGGGAGUUUCAGUGAUCACGAUCCCGAUGCCGAUGACGUGGCUUUUCAGGAUAAUGACUCAAGAUCGAGAAAUCCAGUUCGUCGAGUGAACUCGAGUCCUGAGAUGAGUUCCAACUGGCGCAAUCCCUUCUUGAGUGGUCAGAAAAGCGGAGCUGGGGCAGGACCUGGUGCCCAGGGGCCGCCUCAGACGUCAGUGGAGAAGGCUGAACACGAGGAAGAACCGACGGUGCAGACGAGUGUGGAAAGUGGACAGCAGAAGAAGAAGAGUGCUUAUGGGAAGGAUAUGAGGGUGAGUUGUGAGGCUAUUCCAGAGGAGAUGGCAGGAUCAACGCCACCUAGUGUCGUAGGAUCAGUGACAAAUGAAGGUGGAGAGUUGAUGAUUGAGGUGACUCGAGCCAAAGGGUCUCUUGUGGCUCCUGGACACCUCACGUCCACCGGAUCCCUUCCGGAAGCCGCUCCAGGAACACAGACAGUCACUCCGACGGAGUCUGGAAGUGUGACACCGCGGAAGCAGCACUCAGCUGAUGAUGCUGUUCAGCCACCGGUUCAGCCGAAAAUUGAUCCGGGAAGCAUGAGCCUAAAAUUGCCGAUUGAUGGGCAAAAAGUCACAGCAAAGCCACCACAGUCACCGGCACCGUUAUCCCCGAGACUUCUGGCCAGGAAUGCAGCCAAUAAGAUCGCGGGAACAUCAGUGGGUCCCUUUGGAUCCACUGGAAGUUACGAUUCAGGCGCCAUUGGUGACUUACCACGUGGUAGAUCCAAGACAAUCUCCGUUGUGAGGGAACACUACUCGCGUGAUUCCAGAUUACGCGGAGCCACAACAACUGGCACAUCAUCAUCGGCUCAGAGGCGCGAUGCUCCAUUAUCAAGUGUGAAUCGAUCCGGUAUAAAUCCGAGUUUCGUCCUCCUCCAGUUCUAUCACACAGGUCAACUGCAGCUGAAUGUGACUGAGAGGCCUCUGAGGGUGGACGCAACAAAUGCCAAAGCCAUUGCAUUAUUGGAUUUAAUUCCGCCUUUCGAAACACAUAAAAUUGGUGUGUUGUACGUGGGAUCGGGUCAGUGCAACAAUGAAACUGAAAUCCUAAAAAAUCGCUUUGGCUCUUUCCGCUAUGCUGAAUUCCUGCAAAAACUGGGCACUCUGGUGUCCAUUAGGGAUGCCAAAGAGCACAAUCUCUAUAUCGAUCUUGACAUGGCUGAUGGACAGUUUACGUAUAUCUGGCAGGAUGAUAUUGUUCAGGUGGUGUAUCAUGUGGCUACGUUGAUGCCUAACAAGGAACAGGAUCCCAAUUGUACAGAGAAAAAGAAACACAUUGGGAAUGAUUUUGUGAGCAUUGUAUACAACGAAAGUGGCGAAGAGUACAAUCUCAACACCAUCAAGUGCCAGUACAACUAUGCAAGUGUCAUUGUGGAACCUUUGGAAAUGAACAGUUGCAGGGUGUACGUUCGGGCCAAGGAGGACAUCAAAGAGUAUGUGGCGUAUUCUGAACCAAAGAUCGUCAGUGAUUCCAGCGCUCCUCUCCUUGCUAGGCAGUUGGCUUUGCACGCUAAUCUCGCCUCUCUUGUGUCCAAGAGCUUGAAGAAUAAAGGACAAGGACCUUAUGCGUCUAAUUGGCUGGAGCGGUUGCGAAAGAUCAAGAGAAUGAGGACAAAACUUCUCAAUGAGUCAAAGACUGCAGCUGAGGGCAUGGGAGGUAGUCAGCAAGGCGGUGGAGCUGAGCAGGACAAAGGUGGAGGAGGAGCUUCUGGGCAAGACGGCGCUACUGCCAAGAAGUCUCAAAUGGAUGAUUUUACACUGUACACGCUGUAAUUUCCGCGAUGAACACCGAAACCACAAUCUGUGGCGAUUUAAUUUGAUAAAUUGGCGGUAAAUUGCGCCAUAGAUGCUUUGUGUGUUGAUACUAUUGCUAAUUGAUGUAAUUGAAUGGCUGACAAAGAAAGAGAUAAAAAAAUGAGCAAGUAAAA